AGCAUUGUGUUAUUACCCUUGCUCUCAUUAAACACGCUCUUUUGGGUUACCCGGUAAUUAUAAUGUCGUCCGACAACCGCGAAGCACAAUACUUUGAUGUAACUAUUUCUCUGUAGUAAAAAACAAAACAAAACAAAGGUUAUUUGUCAAAGUUCAGCACCGCCAUGUUUCCGAAUGUGGCUUUGUUGGCGGGAAUACAAGGCACUAUGGGUACUGUAGUCAUACAUUGCGUUAUUAUCCCGGUAAUUACCAUUAAACAAGCUCUUUUGGGUAACUCGGCGAUUGUAUAUUAAUGAGCACGUCGACGGACAGCUCCGAAGCAGGAUACACUUACGUGUAGUUCUUUCUCUGAAGUUAAAAACGAAGAAAAACCAGAUUAAAGGUUUCUUGUCAAAGUUCAGCGCCGCCAUGUUGCUUUCGGGAGCGGCUGAAAGAGAACGUCACACUGGGUAUCGUAGACGUCAUCGAACUAGCGUCCUCGGUCGUCAUAGCAUUUCAUAUUUACCACCAUAUCUUCUCGAAGGAGACCAACAGCUCCGAGGCACGACGGCCUCUCCGAGGUUAAAGGAAAAAAUAUCAAAAGUUACUCGUCAAAAGAUUAGCUUCGUCUUCCGGGGUGACUAACCUGAACUGAACGCACGGGAUUGUGGGUACUGUAGUCACAUGUUCAUUUGAGGCUAAUAAGCAGUUGUAAAACAUUGUUCAUUUUGAAUGGUCACAUAUCUUGACAAUACUAGUUUUUAUUGUGACGAGCCGAACCAUAAGAUAGUUUUGUUUAUUUUUUAUGACACUGUUAGUAUGUACUGUAUUAUUUUUACUGCGGUAUUAUCGAAUAUUGUUCUGAUUAGACAAGGUGAACAAUGGCGGAUCACACAAGUUCAAAAGGCGGCAGUGGAGACUUUGCCAAAAAAGUUCAAAGACAGCUAAGCAGAGGCAAAGAAAAGGUCCUGCAGAAACUCGGGAAGUCUGCGGAGACGAGAGACGACCACUUUGAACAUUAUCUCCAGCAGUUUUAUGACCAACAGGCGGACGGGAACAGAAUUUUCAAGAACCUGAGGAACUACCUGGAAGCGGUCCGAGACAUGAGAGAAGCCUCCAGACGCCUUUCGCAGUCGUUCUUCGAUGUUUACGAAAGCAACUGGGUGGGAGAAGAAGACAUCGGAGCCAUAGUGGAGGCCGAGGACCUCCUGUGGAACGACUACGAGGUGAAGCUGUUGGACCAAGCCGUACGUACCAUGGAGAUCUACGUGGGCCAGUUCCCUGACGUCAAGGAGAAGGUGGCGAAGAGGGGGAGGAAACUGGUGGACUACGACUCGUCCCUCCACCACCUGAAGGACCUGCAGACGGCCAAGAAGAGAGACGACGUGAAGAUCAACAAGGCGGAAGACGAGAUGCACGGCGCCAAGGACGUCUACGAUAGAAUCAACAGCGAGCUGAAGAACGAGCUGCCGGCGCUGCACGAAAGCCGCAUCGGAUGCUACGUGGCGGUCUUCUCGGCCGUCGCCAACCUACGAGACAUCCUCUACAAGGAAAUGAGAACGCUCAACCUGGAUCUCAGCAACGUGGUGACGGAACUGCAGGCCCAGCAUCCCGACAAGGUCUUUGCUGUCAAGGGCUUGCAAAGGUACGGAUCCUUGAGGAGACGCACCCUGUUGUCCCCCAAGGCUUGGAAGACCAGCUUCUCCGAGUUCCACAGGAGCUACAGUCCGAAAAGCGGCCAGAGGUUUAGCUUCCGCUCCCCGGAAAAACCUCGCCACAGCUCCUUGCCCCGGGAGAGCGGCGCCAUCGCCGUCUCGCCCCUGACCCCUCCUCUGGAGAGCCCCACCUUUGAGUCCAGGGGGUCCAGCCGCAACGAGACGUACGUUUCUGACCUCCAAGAGGAGGCCCCGGCAGAAGCUGCUUUGCAAGAAGAAGCCGAGGAGGAGGAGAAGAAGGAGAAGAAGGAUGAAGAAGAAGAGGAGGAGGAAGUCGAGGCCCCCAAGGUGGAAGAGGAAGCAGAGAAGAAGUCCGAAGACGCGGCGGAGACGGAGAGCAGCUGCGAACUCAACAGCUCCUGCGACUCGGAGAGCUUGGAGCAGCAGCUGACGGCGGGGGCCGACACCCCGCCGCCGCGCCUCCACGAGUCCGACCUCAGCCAGGAGUCCCUCAAGGUCAACGGACUGGAGAACGGGGACGUCUCUGCCGGGUUCCAUGCCGACUCGAGCAAGGAAGUCCCCGGCGACGCCAAAAGCACGGAGGUCUGACGCCCCAAAAGUUUGGCUCCUCGUCGCAGGAAAUGCCCCCGCCCCGUGACUUUCUUUCCUGUCCCAUGGCCAUCUGGCUCCACGACCUCACUCGCUAAUUAGCAUAUAUGGAUUAUAUGGAUUAUAUGGAUUAUAUGGAUUAUAUGGUAAUCUAACCUAGUAAUGGACCCCCACGUAGUACAAGGUGUAUUCAUUCAUGAUACACUUGCUACAGUACAGUACAAGCUUGUACUACUGUAAUAUCACCGCCAUUCAAA